UCGCAAAGUGAACUUCCUUCUUGAAACUUCCAAUUUUUCUGUACUCUUUGUCUAGCGUUUCUUCAACUGAAAUAUAAUUUUGUCUCUUUGUAUUUUUUUGUAUAUUUUGUCUAUGUAGCGUUCACCCCCUCGACUGUCCUGUAAUACCUUAUUAUUUUAUCCUAGUAAAAAAGUGUUGAAACUUUGAAACUAUUAUAUAACUGGUGAUCUACAAAGUCGUUUGGCGGAUAGAAUGAUCGGAGUGUGGCACAACCACGAGAACACGGUGGGGAUGAGCGGGGGUUCGCGCCGCGGGCGAUAGUACAGCGCCUGCCCGCGCCGGCCCCCCUCCCCGCAGCACGCGCGCCCACAUCGCUCCCCCGCAGCCAUGGUGCGAGACAAGAAGUCACCGCACAAGACAGACUCACAGAAAUCCAGCACUAAUUUGGUUGGAAAAUUUACACAAAGCGUUCGCCGUAUAGUGCAAGAUGUUAAAGAUGAAGGCACAUCCAGCGGGCAGACAAAGGAAGAGGUGAUCGAAACAAACGAACGACUGCGCAUGGUGCGAGUGCGGCUGGACGAGAACUACGACACGGCCAAGAAAGCGCUCGUCACACUAAUGACGCGCUACAGUGAGUCCAAAGCUGAGAGGAACGUGUUCACGCGAUACGCGCUGCUCAAAGCUAUGAUUAAGGAUGUCAUCCGCCUAGAAACCCAGUACUGGUCUUUGGUCGAAAUACCAAAGCAAGAAAAAGCAGAAACCGUGCCAGCAUUCGUGCUCAGAGCUUGUGCUAUUAUGGAGAAGACACAGAAAUCUGGAGAAGGCGUCAAGACAUCUGCCAAGCUUGCAGAAGAAGCUGCGGAGAAAAGAGAGCGAAUAGAACGGCUUAAUGACAUGACAACAUCGCAAAUUGAAACUGAAAAUACGCAAAUGACGAAUGACUUAUAUCGUUUAUUGAAGAAAUACACAGGACUCAGGAAUCUUAUCAGAGAACUAAAGUCCGAGUACGUCAGCUCCAAGAUGUAUCCAAUGUUCCCAAGAUACACAAUGCUAAAAGAUAUGAUAAAGGACAUUAUGCACGACCCUGACUACAUGGAGGUCUGCCACGAGGUCGACCCAUAGCGAGGCGUGCGCAAAUAAAUGAGGGCCUCCUUCACCGACCGAACGCGGUCGAGACGUCGCUAGAAGCAGAUCCUUUUAGGGAUAUGAAUUCAAGAUUCAUUGCCACUUUCAAUUGCUCUUUAAAUGGCAACAUAUGUUUGGCAGCUUGGAUGUUCGCAGAUACGCAAAACACAAUUGGAUUCACCUUGAAAAAUAUUUAAAUCAUGUACGACGUAACAACGGCCGAGAGAUGUAGUUGGUAAUUAAAUGAGAAACUACCAAUAUUGCUACAUAACAACGCUUGCAUUUUGAAGAUUUUGUACGGCUAGCAAAAAUUUUCCAUUGACUUUGAAGCUCUUUCGCAAACACAAAUUGGAAUAUUUACUAAUACAUUGCCAAAAUUUGCUUUGCAUGCGAAACAAAUGUCAUGUUGGUAAGAUUCACCAACUUUGUACUAAAAUAUAUUCAUAACAAGCGGCACAUAAGUUAUUUAGUUACUGCUUAGUGGUUUCAAUUAUUAAAUUAUGUACAUUUUAAGGAUUAAUUAUGAGUUUAAAAGUAAUGAAUCUGAUUUACGCCAAGUUUUCAAGAAAAGUGGCAAGAGCCGAAAAUUCAGGUGCUGCUAGCGUCGUGUAGAGUGACGAGUACUCGUUUAUUUUGCGCAACUUUGUUAAUUGGACUUCGUUCUGAGUUUAUAUUAAGUCUAUCAGUGAGUUAGUGUAAGUUAAGUACUUAGCGUUUAAGUACUCGUCCCGACCUUAAUUCUAAUUUCAAAUAGUAUUUAUUUGUUAUAAUGUAUUUUAAAAUGAUCUUCAAUAUUAAAGCGACUACCUACUAAUAAUGUUUAUAAUGCAUAUCUAACUGGUUCAAAAAUAUAAGACGUUCGAAUUAGCGAUUGUAAACAUAUCUGUUUCCUAUUAGUGUUGUAAUACUUGUACCACCUCACUUACUGGAUAUUUCUUUUAUUAUAUGCUACAACUAAAUAAUUUUGUAAUUAUCUCUGUUAUUGCUACUCUUUAAUUAAUAAAUUUGUAUUUUGUACCAAUCACUUUCUGUUACUUUGAAUGGCCAUUCCAUUACCAUUUACCAAUAUUCUGUCAGCAAGUAUUGUUUUUAUCCACUUUAUUGCCAUGCCAUGGUUAAAUUAGUUUGUCGUAAAAAUAUGCUAUGGAUAUCGCGUGAGUUAUGCAUUUCCGCGUGAACAGACUUGUUUUUGUUUACCUUUAUAGUUCAUUAGGCAUUUGUACGUAUAAUCUAGAUUAAAUUGUUUACAAAUUUGGACUAUACCUGUAUCAAGUUAAAAGUUAUACAG